UCCACUUUCUGAAGCGAUUCUCCAGAUGGCUCUGUUCUGUUCCUGUGUGAGGAUGAUGUCAGAGCGGCUCGAGGGAGCGACGCGACGCGCACCGCGGCUCACGUGAAGCCUGUUGUAGCAACACGAGUUUCCAAGGAGAGGAGAUGCGAUGAGACAUUCACAUGAUGAUGAGGCACAGCUCAUAUGAUAUUUGACUUGAGUCUUCAGUGCAGCAGGAGAGUGUGCAGCACUGAUCAAUGGCUGCUGAUGAGGAGGCAGAUUGUGAUCUGACAGCCCCAGACUCUCACUCUUCUCCGGUCAGUGAGCUCUCCUUCAGCCUGCAGAACCUCCAGUGUCAGGAGGGUCUGAAGAGCUCGCUCCCCUGGAGAAAGCUUGUUUUGACGCCUGAAUGCACCGGCCCACUGCUCAACAUCCUCUCCAGGGAGAGAGAGACGCCGACAGUCUCUGCAGUGAGAAGACGACGAGCAAGAAGCCUGUCUCCUGACUCCUCUUCAAACACGCCCAGGAGUCUGUGGAGGAACCGUCGUGAUUUUCCUACCAAUAAGGAGAACGAGCGAGCCAUUAAGCGACUGCGCGUGCGUCUGUCCAGUAGAUUCUCGGCUGCAGAUGAGACGGAGGCAGCGGGCCGAACAUGGAGACAGUACCGCAGUGACCCAGAAGAGGACGACAGUCGCCCUCCAGAGACGGAUGAGGUCGACCUAGCGGCGGCUGUGAGGCUCGGACAGCUGAGGUCACGGCGGGAAGCCCCGCCCACACACGUCACUCAGGACGCCGUCAGUGACCUCACACUCAUAGGAGACUUCAGUAAGCAACACCUGCUUCCUGUUGAGAGGGGUGGUCAUCAGGAGCUCCACUGUGUCAGCGCUCACACCGUGGCGUCAUUGAUCAGAGGUCAGUUUGGUCCUGCAGUCGAGGAUUUCCUCAUCGUUGACUGUCGUUACCCGUACGAGUACCAAGGAGGACACAUUAGGGGAGCAGUGAAUCUGUACAGUGAGUCUCAGAUCCAGCAGGCGGUGCGUCAGGCCUCGGCAGGAGCUGAACUCUCCCCCUGCUCCGCAGGAAACACCUCCUCCUGGAGGACGAGGGGGCAGCGGGCGCCUCAUCCAUCCGACUCAAUCACGGAGGAGAGAGGCUCGUUGCCACGGAAACUGAUCGUCUUACACUGCGAGUUCUCAUCGGAAAGAGCCCCACAUCUGUGUCAGUAUCUGAGGAGGCUGGACAGACGAGUGAAUGUGUAUCCCAGCCUGCUCUAUCCUGAGCUCUACCUGCUGCUGGGGGGUUACAAACUCUUCCAUGCCUCUUACCCGGAUCUGUGUGAUCCCUGCGGUUACGUGUCCAUGCACCACCGUGAGUACCGGGAGCAGCUGCACGAAUACCGCAGAAGAAGACCAACACGGCUGCGAAGACGACGGCCAAUCAAAAUACAUCACAGAACCACACGUUAAAUAC